AUUCGAGGUGCGCCAGCCACGAUUCUCUCAUGCGCGCCCGGGUUUGCCUCUCGUGCCUCGCGGAGUUGCGGCGCGGCCGCUUUCGGUGCGACUACGGGGAGGCCUUCGGCGACUUCCCUCCGUCUCGCGCCUUCGUGCCCCGCUGCGUGAAUCGCGGGCUUCAGCAGCCGGACCCGCGGCUGGCGAGGCCGCAGCCCAGUGCCUUGGUACGCGUGGAGCGCUGCCCCGCGGGCCACUUGCUGCGGGGACAGCUGCGGUGCGUGGCGCGAAAGCGGCUGCAGCCUGGAGUGGAGCUUUGCUACGCAGGCGAGGUGUACGGGGAGGAGGAGCACGACAGCUACUCCGAGAAGUACUCCUUGAAGCCACGCCCAGGCCUCGUGGUGGAUGCUGCCUACUUCUGCAACGAGGCGGCGCUACGAGGCGAAUCUUCAGUUUGUGAAUCAUUACUAUGGCCUGGCCGAUGAGCCGAACUGCACCAUCGGCGCGUCGGAGGAGCACAUCGCGGCCAUACGUGUGAGCAAGCCGAUAGGGGCAGGCGAAGAGCUGCUGGUGGACUACGGCAUGGAGCACUGCCUUCGCAACGAGGUGCCGCAUCCCAAGGUGCCCGCCUGGGCAAGGGACUUUGCAGCGCUCGCGCGUCUGAACAAGGUGCAGGAAGGUGUCAAGGCGCUGCAGGACACCGAUUCGACCUGCGAGAGGGCAGAUGUGGCACCGUUGCUGCGGCUCCUGCGGGUGCGGCUGGAUCUGCUGGCGGACCCAAAGGAGGUCUUGGAAUCUCAGAGCCACUUGCGGCGUGAGCUCCGGCAGCUUCUCGGAAAAGAGGCCGUACGCGCCAUGCGCCUCAUCGCCGUACUGCCGCUGCUGGGGCAGGAGGUCAUGGAUACCAUCAACAAGGUGUGUCGUGACAGAGGCGGCCACUAUGCAGGCUACAGCUGCAAGGUCGUGUCUUGGGACGAUGCCAGCCCUACGUCGGGUUGGACAGCGGUGCUGGACUUCGGCGACAAGGAGAUCCACUACACCCGCGCUGCUUGUUUGGCCCUGGCCGUUGCGAAAGCAUGCGCAGAUGGUCAUCAGUUCCGCCGAGCACUGCUACAGCAGGCGUUGCCGCAGCCGCCUUCGGCGCCCCUCCGCCAGCUCAGCGACAACGCGCAGGCGUACAACUACAACACCAUGGACGAUGAAGAGCCGCGCAACCUAAAGCUGCUGUGCGCCAGCCAGGGCAUGGCAGUGCAACAGGACGAACAGGAUGGCCGCGGGACCAAGAAGUCUUCCACCACGCAGUGGAGGGCAGUGGCGUGA